GCCGUGCGCUGUUCCAGCUCAACGCGAAACGAGGGGUGACGAUUCCCGUCUAAAUCGUGACUCACGAUUCCAGGCGAGGACGCGGGAGAUGAUGGUCAUCGCUUGCAUCAACAAACCCGAACCCGCUCGAGGUCCCCGACCGGACCGUGGAAAUCUUUUCAAAAACUCGCCGCGUCUCCUCGAGCGGCUACCGUGUCAAAUAGUUUCCCGUUACGGGCAAGAUUUUGUUUUCUCAGUGAUCGACGUCCGCUCCGGGACCCGUGACGGAGACUCGCGUGAGGACAUUUCGAGUUUCUCAUCAGACAAAAAUGUAGAGAAACAAGCGCUGUCGGAAAAACAACGGAAAGACGCACCCCCAAAAAAAUCUCCACGUGUAACAUGCCGACGUUGCCACACCACUAGGAGGCGCUUCUGGGUUUCAAUUAGCAUUAGGGACAAAUUUGCACCGCUUUUCCACUCACAUACAUAUAAAAUGAACAUACACACAGAUAUACAAUAUCGUAUAUAAUUUCCGGCCUACAAGCCGCGACUUUUUUCCACACGCUUUCAACCCUGCGGUGAUGCGGUCGCAAGGGGGCACUCGAGCGGUAAAGUUGUUUGUUUGUUUUUGCCCUCGCAGGAGACGCGGCAUCCCUCUGCCGGCCGACACCGCAGAGGGGCUGAGGCGGCUCAUUGUCCUCCGAAAGCCGGCCACGCUCACAGAGUUCCUGGGCAAGUUUGCCGAGUACAUGCACGUGAUUGCUGGAGACCGAGAAGCCAUAAAGAGGAUCGCCUACGAGUUUGUGGAGGACAAAGCUAAGGAAGGCGUGAUUUACGUGGAAGUCCGAUACAGUCCUCACUUCCUUGCCAACACCGACGUGGACCCGAUCCCGUGGAACCAGCCGGAGGGUGACCUGAGUCCGGAUGAGGUGGUCCGACUGGUCAACGAGGGUCUCGGAGAUGGGGAGCGGGCCUUCGAUGUCAAAGUCAGGUCCAUUCUAUGCUGCAUGCGCCACAUGCCAAGCUGGUCCGCCGACGUCCUGGAGCUCUGUAAGCGGUAUCGGCACCAGGGAGUGGUCGCCAUCGACCUGGCGGGUGACGAGUCGCUCAACUGCGAGGCCUACCCGGGACACAGGAGAGCUUACGAGGAAGCGGCGCGCUGGGGGAUCCACCGGACCGUUCACGCGGGCGAGGUGGGCCCGGCCUCGGUGGUCAAGGAGGCUGUGGAGGUGCUGAAGGCCGAACGCGUGGGGCACGGGUACCGGACCCUGGAGGACCGAGCGCUUUACGCGCAACUGCUGGCUCAAAACAUGCACUUUGAGGUGUGCCCCAUCUCCAGCAAGUUCACCGGCGCCUGCGACCCGGACUUCAGCAAGCACGCCGUGGUCACGUUCAGGAAGGACGGCGCCAACUACUCGCUGAACACCGACGACCCGCUGAUCUUCGACUCCACCCUGCAGCUGGACUACAGCGUGGCGAGCCAGCACAUGGGCUUCACCCGCGAGGAAUUCCAGAGACUGAACAUCUGUUCGGCAGAAUCUUGCUUCUUACCCGAGCCGGAGAAGAAAGAGCUCCUGGGCAAGCUCUACGAGGCCUACGGGAUGAUCCGGAGCACGGCCUUCUGAAGUCCGAAAGUUCGCAAAAACUCGACCUCCAAGCAGCCGACGCGCGAGAAUGUCUUAACCCGGCUUCGGCCACCGCCCGCUUCCCCUUCGACGUCGCCGCGAGUACCUCGUACGCGGGAUUUUUGCGCAGAGAUUGUCGUUCAAACUUUAAAAAACGAAUAGUCGACCGUUCAACGUUGUACGGAACCACUCGGCCGGUCCAGACCAACGACGCGUUCGAGUUCAAAUCGGAAGGUGCGAAGCGCUGAGGUCUGCCGAAACCUUCCGAGGGAAAAUUCACUGUGAAAGAUUCUUUUUUUUUUAAUUUGUAUUUUUUUUUUUUAGGGAUGCAGUAUGGAAGUCAAUAUGUGCCACCGGGAUUUGAAUUUGAAAUUAAUUUCUCACCCUGGCAACUCCAGACAAUUAUGCAUGGAUGAAUUUAUUAAUAUCAACAUUUCCCAUACUAUUUGUCCCCUUUAAAUAUUGAACAUAAUUCCCUUGUUAAAAAGAAAAACAAUUCAACAUUGGAAUGAUCGAUUUCAGAGUCAAACCCUCACCAUAAUUAAAGGCAAAAGGGACUAAAAAAAAAAUACAUAUUGAAAGAAGUUGAGCAACGUAUGGUAGAACUAAAUGAAGCCUUUCUACAAUCAUGUACAUUUACUAAUUAUAAUGGAAAAUGGCCUGGAAGUGGUUGACAUUUAACUUGUACUUAUUCACCAUUUGAAUUAUGAAUGCAGAGCAAUAUUUGCAUUUGAAUAGUGACAACUGAAGAUGAGUUUACGCGACAUUACGUGCGCCAUUGCUGGCAGAAGACACGUCAUUUUCUUGGCAGUCUAUUCUCAAUUAUGAAUUGUUUAUCGCUCAUCAAAUGAUUUUGGAGCCUCCAUAAAGUGAUCAUAUUUUCAAUAGUUGCUACAAUUCGCGGGUUUAAAAUUCCCCGACUGUGCCACCGGGCAGGGUUACUUCCGGUCAGAUCCAAACAGCCAGCCAAUCCAGUGACGCUUUCUUAGUACGUGACGUCACGCGAUUUAAGAAACCGGAACUGCGAUUCGCUGGCUGUUCGCUUCUGACCUGAACAGCCGGCCAAUCGCAGUUCCGCUUUCUUAGUGUGUGACGUCACGUGACUUAAGAAAGCGGGACUGCGAUUGGCUGGCUGUACGGUACUUGAGGCGACCAGCCAGCCAAUCCAGUGACGCUUUCUUAGUACGUGACGUCACGUGACUGAAGAAAGCGGGACUGCGAUUGGCUGGCUGUUCCUUUAUGACGCGACCAGCCAACCAAUCCAGGGUUACUUCAGGUCAGAAGCGAAGAGCCAGCCAAUCGCAGUUCCGCUUUCUUAGUAUGUGACGUCACAUGACUUAAGAAAGCGCGACUGCGAUUGGCCGGCUCUUCGCUUCUGACCUGAAGUAACCCUGCCUGGCGGCACAGUCGAUGAAUUUCACACAGCGAAUUGUGGCAACUAUUGAAAAUGUGAUCACUUUUUAUAUUUCAAAUUCAAAUAUAUCACAUAUUUACUUCCAUACAGCAGGAUUUAUCAGGUAUAAAUGAGUCCAAAACCAAAGGUCUUACUGUUAAACAGUAGGUGGCGCACCACUGCCUUCCAUGGAGUUUUUCGCCCCGGCCGCUCCACUUCCUUGUUCCUGUGCUGUACAUAUUUAUUUCUAAGCAUCUUUGGCAUUGAUUGCAAAAACGUCGACCAGAAUAAAACCUGUCGUGAGCGCGCAGCCCACCUCGUUUGCGUCGUCACGUCUUCAUCGGCAGGCGGAAGAGGAAGGAAGCUCCGACAGUUGGGACUGCCGGGUCAUCUCGCGGUCCUGGAAACCGCGAGAACGCGGCAGGACCCGCCGGGUCCACAAAUGAGCAAAUCGAUUUCGUGUCGCCGCCUGACGUGGACAAAAUUCAAUAUUUGAAUCCCGCUCGGGUUUUUUUUUUCAAGUUGGGGGUUUCAAAAGGUGGGUGCGCCCCCCUUCGGGCACAUUUUUUUUUUUGUGAUAAAACACACUGUUUGGUGACGGUGACCUCCGGUUACUUCUAACAGUGUAAGAACAACAUUUUGAAAACUCAAAAUAUGAUUCCAAACAACCAAAAUAAUUUUGCAAAACAGAAUGUAGGCUGAGUGAAAUUUAUAUCGAAUAGGCUACUGCGCUUAUCAGCUAUAUUUCAGAAAUGAGUAAUUUCUUAUAUAUCCAUCCAUUUUUCUUUGCCGCUUAUCCUCACGAGGGUACACCCUGAAAAUGUCGCCAGCCAAUCCCAGGGCACGUGGCGACAAACAGCCGCACUCACAAUCACACCUAUGGGCAAUUUAGAGUAUCCAAUCGAUGUUGCGUGUUUUUGAGAUGUGGGAGGAAACCGGAGUGCCCACCCGGAGGAAACCCACGCAGGCACGGGGAGAACAUGCAAACUCCACACACAGGCGGGACCGGCAUUGAACCCGGGUCCUCAUAACUGUGAGGCCAAUACUUUACCAACUGCACCACCGUCUCUCUUUUUUUCCUCUCUCUCUCUCCCCAGCGGUCCCCGUGACCCUCGUGAGGAUAAGCAGUCUCAGGAAAUGGAUGUUCAACUGUCGAUUGUUAAUAAUUGACAGUUAUAAUUCUCUCUCUCUAAAAAAUCAUGAAAUAUAAAAAAUGAGCGAUAAAAUGCUUCAUCUGCAGGGCCAGUGCUACAGAUAGGCCUGUAUUAACAGUUAUCAAUUAUAUAAUAUUUGAGAAAUUAAUGUCCAACUUACCUUUUGCGUUUCCUGGUUCGGAUAUGCUCCUGGAUAUUGUCAUUUUUUUUGCUCCUCAGCUUCCAUAAUUGAUCACAUCGGAGCACUUUGCCGGGAACGUCCACUUUUUGCAUGCGUUCUGUUAGACACCUUGAUAAAGUUUUCGUUCCAAUCUGCACCGUUACACUUUUUUCAAGCCACGCCCAUCUGAAAGUUUUUUUUCACCCCGUGGUUUUUCUCAAUUUCCCCGGCCCGAUCUUCAUCUUUCCCCUCAGAAACUUUUGCCGUACUAGCAAACGUACAGACCGCUCGAUAACAUAUGCAUACGUAUGUCUAUACGUUAUAACUGUGUAGUAACUAUGUAACAAACAGAAUGCUUCUCUAUGAAAUGUUAACAUCAGAGUGAAAAUACCCAACGAAACGCUGCCGGAAAUGGGAACGUUGUCGUUCUUAUAAACACCUAAUUUAACGCCGUAAACAGAUAGCAACGCAGUUUUCCGCUACAGUUUUUUUCACCCCGUGGUUUUUCUCAAUUUCCCCGGCGCGAUCUUCAUCUUUCCCCUCAGAGACUUUCGCCGUACUGGCAAACGUACAGACCGCUCAAUAACAUAUGCAUACGUAUGUCUAUACGUUAUAACUGUGUAGUAACUAUGUAACAAACAGAAUGCUUCUCUAUGAAAUGUUAACAUCAGAGUAAAAAUACCCAACGAAACGCUGCCGGAAAUGGGAACGUUGUCGUUCUUAUAAACACCUAAUUUAACGCCGUAAACAGAUAGCAAUGCAGUUUUCCGCUACAGUUUUUUUCACCCCGUGGUUUUUCUCAAUUUCCCCGGCGCGAUCUUCAUCUUUCCCCUCAGAGACUUUCGCCGUACUGGCAAACGUACAGACCGCUCGAUAACAUAUGCAUACGUAUGUCUAUACGUUAUAACUGUGUAGUAACUAUGUAACAAACAGAAUGCUUCUCUAUGAAAUGUUAACAUCAGAGUAAAAAUACCCAACGAAACGCUGCCGGAAAUGGGAACGUUGUCGUUCUUAUAAACACCUAAUUUAACGCCGUAAACAGAUAGCAACGCAGUUUUCUGCUAGUUUUUUUCACCCCGUGGUUUUUCUCAAUUUCCCCGGCGCAAUCUUCAUCUUUCCGCUCCGAGACUUUCGCCGUACUGGCAAACGUGCAACCCGCUCGAUAACAUAUGCGUACGUAUGUCUAUUAGUUAUAACUAUGUAGUAA